AUGGAGCUGUUCGAGUGGAUGGUGUUUCUGAUGUGCGCCAGCAUGUUGCAGGCUUCUCCAUGCAGCGUACUGCAAGAGUGCAACUCUGGGUCCACGUCAACUUUUUUGUGCUUAGAGUUUUUUUACGCGAAAUGUCAGUUGCAAGCGGCCUAUCAGCAGAGCCAGAAAUACUCGCGGUCCUGUGCAAUGCUCUUCUCUGCACGAUGGGAAACGGAAGUCCGCAGGUUCGCAGUGAUGGCACCUUGUUCUUGGCGGACAGAAAUGUCCCUGGGUCUGUUCAUUUUCUCCCUGACACAUAUGAGCUCUUCCGCCUUCCGCGCCAUUGGUCAUCUCGGUGCUUACUGCGGUGCUGCCAUGCAGGCUGGUACGCUAAUGAGGUCGCCAGCCGUCUCAGUUGCCAUUUGUGAAAUCACUGAGAGUGGCGCUUUCGAUGGGAAUGGAAGUGGCGAAGCCAUGGGGUAUGAAGCCGACAAGGCGGGUCAGCCCUCCUUGCGAGCCACAGCCAUCGUGAAGCUGUAUGCAAAACUCCCUGUGCCGGAAGAUGUGCAUGCUGCUGCACGAGCCCUCUCCUGCCUGACCCGCAAUCACAGGAUGACGCAGGCUCCAAAGCUCCUGGUGACUGAGAAGCAAUACAGGCAGAGCGACUGCGAUCGGAGAAGGUACUUACAGCUGGAAGAAAGCUUCGUCACUUUGGAGGAUGCAGAAGUCGUCCUCUGCUUGGACCAUCGCUUUGAGGUACAUCCUUGGACAGAUUUGGACAGCGUGGGAUCCAUCGACUCCACUGUGGAAGAUCGACAGGUCCUGAUUCUACAGGCGGAGCACCUGCUGGACUCUUCUACGGUGCAGAGCGACUGCGAUUGGAGAAGGUACUUACAGCUGGAAGAAAGCUUCGUCACUUUGGAGGAUGCAGAAGUCGUCCUCUGCUUGGACCAUCGCUUUGAGGUACAUCCUUGGACAGAUUUGGACAGCGUGGGAUCCAUCGACUCCACUGUGGAAGAUCGACAGGUCCUGAUUCUACAGGCGGAGCACCUGCUGGACUCUUCUACGGUGCAGAGCGACUGCGAUCGGAGAAGGUACUCACAGCUGGAAGACAGCUUCGUCACUUUGGAGGCCACAAGAGACCACAAGAACGAGCUGAGCGAAGCCAACAGCAACCUGCAAGAGUUGUUGCAGGAGCCAAAAGGGAGAGGACCGGACGACGCGGACUUGGCGUAUCAACUGACAAAGAUCUGGAUUGAUAAGUUGGAUGCAGAUGUUCUUCGAAUGGUGAAAUUCUCCAGCCGAGGUAAGGUUCAGGACGGAAGAAGUGCAGAGCCUGAGCACCAAAUUGGAGGACGUGUCAAAAUCCAUGUUUGUGAGGUGGAACUCGGGCACAAGACUGAGCUCAGCGAGGAGAAGAACCGGCAUGCUUUGGUCAUUUACAGCAGUUUCGCGCUGCACGGUCGCUGGAUGCAACGCAACGCCUCGAGGUUCCGGCCAGCUUUGACAUCGCUCUUCAGACGAUGGAGUGUGAUCCGCUGCGUGUGGACAAGGUCGUGUAUGCGCUCACAAAGGACCGGACCCCUGCAGAAAUUCAGCGCACCAUCUUGUUUCUGGAGGCGCGCAAGAGACACUUCGAAAAGAAGCGCCUCGAAGAGGAGGAGCGACAGCGACAAGAGGCUGGGUGGUCUUUCGGGUGGCUCUUUUGCUGCUGUACCUUCCGUGAGCGGUCCGUGUGGUGAAAGCUUUGGAAACAUGCAGCAGGGGCUUCCUGGCUGGUGGCUGGUAGAGCAUGGCCGCUGCCAAGGACCCUCCUGUACGAGCGACGGAGCUUUCGCUCACACCCUGGACGAUGGACAAGUCGUGAAGGAGGUCAUUCGUUGGAGUAUGACAUCACACGAGGCCAACGACCUCAAGGUGUGGGUGCUGCAUCUGGCCAAGUGGGGCGACUUGAGCAGGCCGGCGUCGAUCGUGAGCUUUGCCCAGACUAACGUCGCAUUGUUCAAUGCUCUUCGGGCUGCGCGGAAAGAAAAGUGCGAAGAAGUUCGAAAGAACUUCGAAAAAACGACGUUUGCUGGACUUCCGGCGCAUCAGAAGAUCUGCCAGAGUCAAUGGUGGCGAAUGGAAGAGGCCAAAAGGGCCAAGCGCGACCACUUUCCUGAAGUCAAGGAGAUGAACUACACGCUGGUCCGAGAUCAAGUCAUGCACUGCCUUGGCUUUGAUUCUGCUGUCUGUCGGGCAGGCUUGUGUGCAACGCGGCGCAUUUCAUGUGGCUGCUCGAGGUGCAGAGAGCAAUGGGGUUCGGCAAGUUGGGCCUCUUGGAGCUGUUGUUGCUCUCACCGAAAGAGCCCUAGUGGCGAAUUGAUCUCAUUGUGCAGCUACUGGCACGUCCACCACUCACUAGGAUACGAAGGUGGGUGGAUGUACUGGCCACGCUGCUGA